UCUUUGGAUUUAAAAUUUUUCUUAAAUUGCGGAUAACAAAAAAAAAUGUCGUAUAUAAAAAGGGAACAAGUAAAUACGAACAUCUUGAAAAUUGUGAACAACUUUGGACCAUCGAGCUAACGUCAUUUAUUCAUGUGGACCCUUUUAUUUAAUUUGUUACAUGCGUAAAGUACAUAAAAUAUGGAAAAGAAUAACUAUAUCAAAACGAAUAUUGUUGUUCAAAAAAAAUCAAAACGAAUUUAUUAACCUAUUUAUAAAUGCUCUAAAUUAUCCCAAGUUUUGGUUUAGCCUAUAUGCUCCAGACCGAUUUAUUGUCAAGUCAAAAGCCUAUGUGAAAGUAUGAGUUUAAAACUUUAAAUACCAGGUAUCCGAAAUAUACAAAUAAAAUUUGAGAAAACUCGAACAACGAUUUACAAAAUUUAUUAUAAGAAAACAAAACAGAAACCAAAAUAUUAAAUAAAAGAUAACGCAUCUCAAGUAUGUGAUCCAAUGUACUAAAGAAUAAGGAACAUAUAUGGGGUAUUAAGGAUAGAUGAAGAACAAUGUGAUUCUUAACAUUAAUAAUCUAAAAUAUUGGCUCAUUAAACGACUGCAAUUUCAAACUGAUGUGGCUAGCCAUUACAUGAUUACUACUGCUAAGCGCAGUAUGUCUGAAAUGUUAAGCAAGAUUCUCCAUGUUACCACGACUUCCUAUUUUCAGGCAAACGAACGAUUAGCUUUCGAUAUUGAUUAAAACAUGUUUUUAAUAAAUACUUCCUAUUUACCUAAUCUCAUUAUGGACACUAUACAGAAUACACUUUACAAUAAAUACGCGAAUAUUUGUAGGGCCAUAUUAUUAAUAGUAACUUCUGGUUAAUUAUAUAAUUCACAUGCAUGGCAUGACAAACUCGAGAGUCCGAGUCUUAUAACUGGUAAAAAAAGAUAGUCCAAGUUCUUAAAACUGGUAAAAAAAGAUAGUCCAAAGAUGAAUUGUAUAUUACUCCUAUGUGAUUAUAGGUAAAUAAAGCGUGUAAUUUCAAUAUAUGUAUAAUAUAACCACUCUCAAAAGUCCAGUUAACGAAGAUUGAAGUUUACUGACAAAACGAGUUAUAACUACAAAGGUUAUGAAUCUUUUGAUAUUAUCAAGUAUAUAUUUUUUUUUUCUCUUUUUACUGACGAAACGAGUAACUACAGACGUGUCUUAUAUAUAUAUAUAUAUAUAACAUACACAAGCACAUUUUUUUUGCUAGAAUGUUAAUAUCAUAUAAAAUGAACAAAGAACUUACAUAAGAGUUCUAGACAAAAUGUUUUGGAGACAAAAAAAUAAAACAAGGAAAACAUUACACACACCUAAAAAGGUAAAAUUUGAGAGAUGACUGAUCAGCUUAAUCGCAGCCACAGAGAUAGAAGCGCAAAGAACUCCUUCCUGUGUGUCGUCUGCCAAGAAUGAUGUUCCUUAUCUCACGUUCAAGAGACUUGAAAACCGACGUCGCCGGGAAGAACUUACACAAGCACAUUUUGUUUAACAUGUUGCUUACUAAUUAAAAACUUUUUUUUUGGCUUUUGUAAACAGCUUUUUUUUAGCAAUGUAAACAGCUUUGUAAAUCCAUGAAAGGUAUUUUAUUUGAUUUAAUAUUACUUUUAUCCUUGUCUCACUGCUUCAGUCUUCUCCCCACCAGUCUCUGACACAUUUUAUCUCUCUAAGAAUGGUGUAAAUUUGAUGCCUGAUAGUGCAAGCAAAGCAAUCACCCAUUACCUUUAAUUUUCUUCGUUUCUCCCCUUCUCUGGACAAUAUUUGUUUUAGGGUAUUUUUAUUCUUCAUCCUACAUAGUUUAUAGAGAGUAAAAAUGUAGAAAAUUUGUAGUUUGGUAUUUGCACAAUACAUAUAGUUUGUUUUCUCUUUCUCUCUUUUGCUUUAUUAGUCCUGAGACUUCCACUAUUAAUACCCUAAGUCUUCUUAGUUUACCACAUUGCCUUCACAUCCAAACCCAAAUGCAAAUCGUUGUCUCCUCUCUUCCUUCAAAGUCUCUCAUUACAAGACCCUAAUAAAUAUCUAAUCUUUCCUUUGCUGAUCCUGACUAUAUCUUUAACAAUGUUCUGACCUUUUGAAGCAUAUUAAGAUCAAAGUCUACUGCUUUCAGUUGUGUGGCGUCUUUGUCCCCAAAUCAAGCACAGUUUGCAACACUUUUUGUACAAGACCUAAUAAUAAAAUGGACAUUGCAAGUCAAGAUGAUCAUGAUAUGCCCAUCCCAUUAAGCACUACAUUUGUUGGUAGUGGUGGCGGUCAUGGUCACAUGAUCCAUCAUCAUCAUGAUCAUCAUGCUUCUGAUUCUGCUCCUCCAACUCACAACCACAACAACAUUACUACUACUCAACCACCACAAAUGCAGUUACAUGGUAAUGGUCAUGGCAACAGUAAUGAUCAUCAUCAUCAAGAUCCUCAUCAUAUUGGUUACAACGCAAUCAUCAAGAAGCCUAUGAUAAAGUACAAGGAAUGUCUCAAGAACCAUGCAGCAGCAAUGGGAGGCAAUGCCACUGAUGGGUGUGGAGAGUUUAUGCCUAGUGGUGAAGAUGGCUCCAUUGAAGCCCUCACUUGCUCAGUUUGCAAUUGCCACAGAAAUUUCCAUAGAAAAGAAGUCGAAGGUGAAACAACCGCCACCGCCAUUUCCUCUCACCACCAACCUCCUCCACCACGAAAACUCAUGGUCAACCACCAUAAUAUAAGAUCAGCCAUGCCUCACCAAAUGAUCAUGCCGAUAGGAGUUUCUAACUAUCGGUACAUGCAUAACUUGGAGUCCGGUGACUUCAUGGAACAAGACGGCGUAACCACCGCGUCUAGACCCCCAGCUUACAACCAGAAGAAGAGGUUUAGGACGAAGUUCACGCCGGAGCAGAAAGAAAAGAUGCUGAGUUUUGCUGAGAAGGUUGGGUGGAAGAUACAAAGGCAAGAAGAUUGCGUUGUUCAGAGAUUUUGUGAAGAGAUUGGAGUGAAGAGAAGAGUCCUUAAGGUUUGGAUGCACAACAACAAGCUACAUUUUUCCAAUAAGAACACUAGCAACAACAUUAACCUCGAAGGCAACGACAAUGACAAGAUCAACAACGUUAACAAUGUUGAUGUGUCCGGUAAUAACGACAUGAUUUAAUAUUAAUAUUACGUUUUUUUUAUGAUUUGAUUAUGAUAAGUCAUCUUUAUGUGAGCUACUAGGGUUUGAAUCUUAUUUUCUAGUAAGUGUGGGGUUAUAUUUAUAUAUAAACUCGUUUUGCUAUUUAUCUUUUAUUUUCGGGUCGAUGUAGUGUCUAUUUUCCUUUUGGAAUUUAUAUAUAUUGAACUUCUUGUAAUAAAUGUAUGACCAGUCAUUUUUGUUUUUCUUCUUCUUUUGGGUAUGUAAGAAAAUCUACUUUGGUUAUAUCGUUUUGAAUCA